AGAGAGUCGGCGCCCCCUGCCCGCCUCAUCCCGGCCGGUCCCGGUCCCCAUCAUGGCGCUGGGAAAGUUGCAGAAGGUGCUGAUCAGCGACAGCCUGGACCCCUGCUGCCGGGAGAUCCUGCAGGCGGGCGGCCUCCGGGUACAGGAGAAGCCCGGUCUGAGCAAGGAGGAGCUGCUGCGGGAGAUCCGGGACUGUGAUGGACUCAUCGUCCGCUCGGCCACCAAAGUCACGGCCGACGUGCUGGAAGCGGCAGAGAGGCUGCAGGUGGUGGGCAGAGCAGGUACCGGCGUGGACAAUGUCGAUGUGGAGGCGGCCACCAGGAAGGGGGUCCUGGUCAUGAACACACCCACUGGAAAUAGCCUCAGUGCCGCCGAGCUCACCUGCGGGAUGAUCUUGUCCUUGGCCAGGCAGAUCCCGCAGGCAGCUGCCUCCAUGAAGGAGGGCAAGUGGGACCGUAAGAAGUACAUGGGCAUGGAGCUGAACGGGAAGACACUGGGUGUGCUGGGGCUGGGGCGCAUCGGCAGGGAGGUGGCCACCCGCAUGCAGGCUUUUGGCAUGAAGACCAUAGGCUAUGACCCCAUCAUCACCCCUGAAACCUCGGCCACCUUCGGCGUGGAACAACUUCCACUGGAGCAGAUCUGGCCCCGCUGCGACUUCAUCACGGUGCACACGCCGCUGCUGCCCUCCACCACAGGGCUCCUGAACGACAGCACCUUCGCCAAGUGCCGCCGCGGGGUGCAGGUGGUGAACUGCGCCCGCGGUGGAAUUGUGGACGAGGGUGCGCUGCUGCGGGCGCUGCGGUCGGGGCAGUGCGGUGGAGCCGCCCUCGAUGUCUUCACGCAGGAGCCUCCGAAGGAUCGUGACCUGGUGAACCAUCCCAAUGUCAUCUGCUGCCCGCACCUGGGGGCCAGCACGCGGGAGGCACAGAGCCGCUGUGGCAAGGAGAUCGCCAUGCAGAUUGUGGACAUGGCCACAGGGAAGGGCCUGGCUGGCAUAGUCAACGGCCAGGCUCUCAGCAAGGCUUUUGCACCCCAGACCAAGCCCUGGAUUGCUCUGGCCAGGGCCCUGGGCAAAGUGCUGCGCACAGCCAGCAAGCAAGCACAGGGCAACGUGCAGGUCUGCACCCUAGGAACACCUCUGCGGGAGGCUGGGAGCUACCUGAUGCCUGCCGUGACUGCUGGCAUGCUGGCUGGAGGUGUGCAGAAGGAGGUGACCCUGGUGAAUGCCCUGCUGCUGGCCCAGGAGGCUGGACUAAAGCAGGUCACGACCACACACAGCGACGUAGCCCCUGAGCCUGACAGCAGUGCUGGAUUACUGCAGGUGUCCCUGCAGGGUACCCCACACCAGGUAGCAGGGAUGGUGCAGGGCAGCACCCCGGUGCUGCGGGAGCUCAAUGGGGCCACCUUCAAGCAGCCAGCCCCACUGGCUGGCCCCAUCCUCAUCUACAGAGCCAAAGCUUCUGAGCUCAGUGCUCUGUCCACACUUGCUGGGCUGCUGGGGAAGGUGGGGGUCCAGCUCCAGUCCUACCACAGCUCCAGCACCGUGGCAGGGGAGCAGUGGAAUGUCAUGGGGCUCUCAGCUCCACUGUCUGACCUUGGCGAGCUGAAGUCACGUGUCACAGAGGUGUUCCAGCUCCACCUGUAGGCCCUGACUGCUGGAAAGGGCUCUCCCCCUGGCCACAACACCUGGACCACCCCCUGCAGCUGGGGGAGCGUCACACCCAGCCACUCCUGGCCCCCAUGUUGGGCUUGGUGUGGCCCCAUGCUCAAUAAAGGGUCCAGAAGGAAAGAGCA